AGAGAGAGAGAGAGAGAGAGAGAGAGAGAGAGAGAGAGAGAGAGAGAGAGAGAAAGAGGAUGGAAGGAAUACCGCACCCAAUACCUCGAACAGUUGAGGAGGUUUUCAGCGACUUUAAGGGCAGACGCGCUGGAUUGAUCAAAGCCCUCACUAUAGACGUUGAAAAGUUUUACCAGCUCUGCGAUCCCGACAAGGAGAAUUUAUGCCUUUAUGGAUAUCCAAAUGAAACAUGGGAAGUGAAUUUGCCUGUUGAGGAAGUGCCUCCUGAACUUCCGGAGCCAGCAUUAGGUAUAAACUUUGCUAGGGAUGGCAUGCAGGAGAAGGACUGGUUAUCGCUGGUUGCAGUUCACAGUGACUCAUGGCUGCUAGCUGUUGCUUUCUACUUUGGUGCCCGCUUUGGAUUUGGUAAGAAUGAAAGGAAAAGACUUUUUCAGAUGAUAAAUGAUCUGCCGACUAUCUUUGAGCUUGCGACAGGAACUGCUAAGCAAUCAAAGGACCAACCAACUGCUCACAACAAUGGUAGCAAUAGUAAAUACAAAUCAAGCGGAAAGUCCCGCCAAUCUGAGUCCCAGGCCAAGAGUGUGAAGAUGUCUGCACCACCCAAAGAAGAGGAUGACAGUGGAGAGGAGGAAGAAGAAGAUGAUGAACAGGGUGCAACCUGUGGUGCUUGUGGUGAUAAUUAUGGCACUGAUGAAUUCUGGAUCUGUUGUGAUAUGUGCGAGAGAUGGUUCCAUGGUAAAUGUGUUAAAAUUACUCCCGCCAAGGCUGAACACAUCAAGCAAUACAAGUGCCCCAGCUGCAGUAACAAGAGGCCAAGAGUUUGAUAGCUCUGAACCUUUAAACAACAGACAAAAUUUAGAAUGUUUGAUAGCAUUUUUACAACUGAAACCAUUGUUGCCUGUUCUAGUCAAUGCACUUUAGUGACUAUGCAGAUGAAAUUUCAAGUUUUGUGACCGUUCAUUCCUACUGUCUACUCUUGUUGGGAAUUCGCGUUUUUUAAGUAGUCAUUAGCAACAAAGAUAUUAUAUAAUUAUAUUCUGCAGUUUCUGGUUUUAA